AUGACUACCGCAGCAGAGAACAAAUUAGAGGACCCCCAAGGUCAAAUCAUCGUGCAUGCCAUCGAAGAGAAGGCGCAAUGGACACCAAACAACAUGUACAUGCGAUACGCACCGGGUGACUGGAAAGCAUGCGGGUACAAGACGAUUACGUGGAAGCAGUAUGCAAACGCAAUUGACAAGAGGGCUUUCUGGUUCGACGAGCAGCUUGGCUUGGCGGUCGAUCGUGAGACGAUGGCUUACUUUGGGCCCAACGAUCCAAGGUAUGCUAUUUUGAUACCAGCCAUAGUCAAGAAUGGACGAAAAUUGCUGGUUCCGGAUGGGCGUGUGACCAACGAGGGGCUUGCAAGCGACUAG